CAGCGUUGGGCCUUAUUACUGGCAGCAUACAACUACCAGUGGGUAUACCGCAAAGCAAGUGAUAUCGCAAACGCGGACGCAUUGUCAAGGUUGCCGCUUCCAGAGCAGGGGGAGGAACCGGAGGAAGUGCACUUCUUUUCGGUGUUUGAUGAAGUUCCGCUGUCCGCGAGGCAGAUCAGGAUUGAAACGCGGAAAGACAAAGUGCUCUCUAAGGUCCUGUUAUUCACAACAAACGGGUGGCCAUCAAAUGUGGCAGACGAGGCGUUGAUGGCAUAUUUUAGGCGACGCAGUGAACUUUCGGUGGAACAGGAGUGUGUAACGUGGGGAAACCGGGUGAUUGUGCCAGUGUCCUUGCGACAAAACGUUCUGUCAAUGCUGCAUGAAGGGCACCCAGGCAUGACACGAAUGAAAAUGUUAUCGCGAAGCCAUGUAUGGUGGCCCGGAUUAACUCAAGACAUUGAGCAAACAGUGACUGCCUGCGUCACGUGUCAGCUGACUCAAAAUUCAGCAUCUAGAGUUCCGCUGUUAUCUUGGGGAUGGCCGGCACGCAGAUGGCAGCGAGUACAUCUCGACUUCGCAUAUCGUGAUCAACAGUGGUUUGUGUUGGUGGACGCUCAUUCGAAGUGGCUGGAAGUUUUUGCUAUGAACUCAACAAACAGUGAAAAGACGGUGGAAAAGCUGCGCAGUGUGUUUGCUGCCUAUGGUUUACCGGAAGAAAUAGUCACGGACAAUGGUCCCCAGUUCACUUCGGCCUGCUUUGAGACCUUUUUGAAACGUAAUGGAAUCCGCCAUACAAAGACCCCUCCGUACCAUCCUGCCUCGAAUGGCACUGCUGAGCGUUGCGUGCAAACGUUAAAGCGACACCUUCUCAAACAAGUCUUAGAGGAAAAACAAUAUGGCGAACCACGGUCACUCCAGCAUCGUAUUGACCAAUUCCUCUUCACGUACAGGAAUACGCCGACCGGAACAACAGGAGAAACACCUGCCCAGCUAUUCCUAUCAUGGAAGCCUCGGACACGGCUCAGUCUUCUGCACCCCGAUCUUGAACAACGAAUGCAAGAAAAGUUGGAAAGGAGGAAGGAUACCGCAAACCAAACCCGAGGAAAAUGGCGAGAAUUUGUGGCAGGACAGCCGGUAUUUGUGAAUGGCUUAAGGCCGGUUGAGGAAACAUGGCUGGCAGCAAUCGUGCUCAAGCGCUUUACCGGAGAAGUCGACGCCUAAUAUUCGGCCGAUGGAGUCCUACGAUGAACCAGACACAGCACCCUUAGUGACACCGACACGGACUCCAGAAGGGAGGGACGCAGGCGCCGGGGACCUCACACCAGUGUUAGCACCAGACAUGGUCCUGCCAAACUCCAGCCAACAGCAUGGGCCUACUUCGCCCAUCCAGUCGCCACCAGAACCAUCCGGAACAGCCUCUCCACAAGGCCACUCUCCGCCUCCGUUGCGUCGCAGCAAUCGAGAGAGACGACCCCCAGAUCGCUACGUCCCGUAGCGCCCUGUUAACUCUCGCAUAAAGGGGAAGGAGUGUUGUGUCAGUGCGCGUGCGUCAGUGCGUGUGUGUGAGUGCAGCGCAGUGCGGGUGAAAGUGCGCGCGCGUGACUGGACAGACGUCAUCACUAUCGCGAUUACUGCCCUUAUAAAAGGCAGCCAACUUAUGUUCUCGGUCACUCUUUCUUUUGACCGGUUUCUGUUAAUAAACCCUUGUUACUGU